CGAAAAUUCUUUUCCCCCAAAAAAUUGCGCGAAAUCUCAAUUCACAGAAAUGGAAGCGAUUCCUGUAAGAUGACCACUGCAAGUCCUACCAACCCUAACAAGGUAUCUUUGUGUACGGCGGAAAGUACAACAGGAAAGAGAGCUUCAAAAACAGGAUUUGGAGAAGGUCAUUUUUGCUGUACCGAGGACGAAAAGUCCCCCAAAAAGCUGAAACAAGACAACCAACAAGCAGAAAACGAAAACUUUGGAAAUUUAAAACAUAUCUUGGAUAUUGGUGAACCAUUGUUGGAACUGUUUUGUCUUCAUGAAGCCUUUAGGAAGGAACUGGAACGUUUGAAAGAUCAGGUCCGCCAAAUCACUAUUGCCACCACGGACCAAGAACUCGAUAAAUUGCGUAGUAGGCUAACUUUUUGCCGAGAUUUGCUUUUAGACCACUGCUGUUCAGAGGACAGAAUAAUUCUUCCAGCUCUUUGUAAGAAACUGUCCAAAGAGAAGUCUGAAGAGCAAAGAUAUUUAUUGGGAACUGAAUUGGUCAAUCAACAGCAUGAACAACUGGAUGACUGGUUUUCUGAGACGAUACAAGUCAUCGAACAAAUAUUGAACACACCUUUUUCUUUGGAGCAUCGACCCUUAGCAGAAAAUGACCUGCAGAAAUCGUCCAAUUCGACACCUUUAGAAACUGACUCGAAUUUGUCUCCCCGAAAGGGCAAAGUAACUUCAAUAUCAGCUUUCGAGUCCCCUCGUGGGCCCUUGCUAGAGAAGCUCAGUUCUAGCUUUUGCAUUCUCGUCGAAAAUGUAGAGAAACAUCUUUUAGAAGAAGAACAAAAUCUAUCGCCUCUUUUUCGUAACAUUUUGACGACUGCCGAACAAGGAGCCUUGCUUGCUUCGGUUGUGAUGGAUACAAGUCCAAAAGCUCUUUCGACACUUCUUCCUUGUGCAGUUCGAGCAUUAGACUUUGAAAAACGUAUCCGAUUUGUCGUUGCAUUGGAACGUUAUAUGACUCCGGAGCAGUUUGAGUCGGUAGCCGCUCCCUUAGUUCAGGAGCUUUCCGGUGAGCAAUGGGAAGAGUUGUGUCGUAAUGUCCCAAGUCUUCAAGUGGCUGCUGAACGCUCUAUUAAUCCUCUGGUUGAAAUAACUCAUUUACAUAAAGCGAUUAGAAAGGAGUUGGAAGCAAUGGCAUCUUAUAGUGCAGAGCUCGAUCCUUGCGAUAAUCUUCAGAUAAAAAGUUUGUGUUCGCGUAUCUUGUUUUUGCAACGCGUACAUAACUUCCAUUCACUUGGAGAAGAUGAAGUUCUCGUAUCUCAGUUGAGGGCUGUAUUACGAAUGCAUGGCUUGGAUGAAAUUUCUAGCGAACACUGUAACGAAUCCUUUCUGUUUGGCAAUAUCUUGGAGCAUAUCAAUAGAGUUGCGAGUUUUGACAAAAAUGACAAGCAAAAAAGAUACGAAGCCAUGUCCAAACUUAGUUCAGCAGUUCGAGAAAUAUCGAACCAUCUUAUAGUGCAUAUGGAAGAAGAGGAGGCACGAUUGUUACCUUUGGUUCGUUCUCAUUUCUCCCUGAGAGAUCAGGACGAGUUAAUUCGAAGAGUUAUGGCGAAGAUUCCAAUGGAAUUUCUUCCUGACGUGUUUCCUUGGAUGCUUAAUGCGCUGGAUGCGGAAGAAAGAGAAAAAUUAUUUUGUAACAUAUUGCGCUCUUCAAGUAAGGAGUAUUUUCAGAAAAUAUCGGCAUUUUUGGGAGAAGCUGCAAGAAGAGGAAAAAUGGAGCCGUUAUUAUGGGAUGAGUUGUGUCUUCGCAUUCCAGAACUACAGCAGUAUCAGAAUGAAGAAGCAGACCAAGAUAAUGGCCCCGUGGAUGAAAUAUUGCGUAUCCAUAAGGCUAUAAGAUGUGAGCUUCAAAAGUUGUAUGUGGUCGUCACCAACUUGGCGAUUGACGAGGCGCCUAAUCCUAACUCUAUCUCAACGAUUGCCGAGAGAUUCUUUUUUCUUCGAAAUAUGGUAAACGAUCACUCAAAGGCAGAAGAUAAUAUUGUAUUACCCGCAUUAGAGAAAAGACUACCUGGAAUCUCUAAGCGAUAUGAAGGAGAACACUGUGAGGAACGUGAAUUGUUUUCCAAUGUAUUGCAAGUUCUACAAGCUCUUCAAUGUGCAGGUUGCGAAUCUGAGUGUCAAUCACUUUUAAAGCAGUUGCGUUCUCUCGUUCGUGCCCUACACGAGGAACUGAAUGGACAUUUAAAUAAGGAAGAACAAAAUUUGUGGCCGAAAUUGAUCGAAAACUUUACCAGAGAAGAACAAGUCGCGAUCGUUGCAGAUAUAUUUGGUACGAUGCCAUCAGAGAGACUUCAGGAGAUGCUUCCAUGGCUCAUUCGUACUCUGACAGAGUCAGAACAGAGUAACAUGCUGAAGCAUAUACUUCAGGUGACUCAUUCGACUAUGUUUGAACGUUGGUUAAGUACUUGGUUUCCUUUGAUUCCAUCCAAAUACUCGAUUGGAGAAGAGAGUAUUGUAGGAGUCAAUUCUUGCUCCGGUGCUGAAAAAACAGAAACAGAAGAAAACAAUAAAUCAGCGCAGUCAUGUCAGUCCUCAACUUCAUUGAAGCCGAAAACUCCUAAGGGCUUAACUAGUGAUUAUGAAAAUACUUGUGACGCUGUUCGAAUUCAAAGUAGAGCAGAUUUAGAAAGUGCCAUUCGAGUUAUUGCAUCCGAUGAAACCUUGACGGAUAAGCAAAAAACUCAUUUGAUGCAGAAUCUGAUGUUGCGACCUUAUCUUCAAAGCAAAGGUCGUCAUUGGCUAUGCAGUGUUGAAGAACAAAGUUCAGUUCCUACUUCUUGUUCUUCUCAGGAUGAUACUGAUCAUAGCAAGUAUGAGGAAACAUAUCCGGGUGAGUUACAACCUACUUUUCGUGAGUUGGAAGAUGGAAGUAGACAAUUGGGGUGUUCGCAUUAUUUGAGAGGUGCAAAGAUAAGAACAGUCUGUUGUUCCAAGUUUUACACUUGUCGACUCUGUCAUGAUGAAGUGGAAGACCACAAGGUUGGAGAUAAUCGUUAUGCAACACGUGAAAUGCUUUGUAUGCAUUGUGGCCGUAUUCAGCCAAUAUCUCAAUGGUGUUGCAAUCCCGAGUGUUCAAAGAGAAUGGCACGUUAUUUUUGUCCCAUUUGUAAACUGUUUGAUGACGAUUCUGCUCGGAAUAUAUACCACUGUCACAGUUGUAAUGUUUGCAGAGUAGGCAAAGGCUUAGGAAUUGACUCUUUUCAUUGUAUGAAAUGUAAUGCGUGUAUGAGCAUGAAGUAUGCUAAGAGUCAUCAUUGCAUUGAACAUUCGAUGGAGUCGGACUGUCCAAUUUGUUAUCAAUACUUAUUUACUUCGACUAGUCCGGUAAAGUAUCUUCAAUGUGGCCAUUUAAUGCAUGUUUCAUGUUAUAAUCAUUACGUCAAAAAGAGUUAUAUUUGUCCCAUAUGUCAACGAUCAAUGCAGGACAUGUCUAGUUACUUUGCGAGACUGGAUGAGUUAUUGGCACGUGAUCAAGCCAAACAACUCUAUCGCGGUAUCGUAUCUCAUAUUCAAUGUAAUGACUGUCAAAAACAGAGUGACGUAACCUUUCACUUUGUUUUCCACAAAUGUACGCAAUGUGGUAGCUAUAAUACGCGUGUAUUGCGAAUAUCUCGUCGAAAGACUUGAUAAAAUGGAAAUCCAUUUGUAUAUAAUAUUUUCCCUCCACAACUUUAAGCACAAGGAGAAUGCGUCGGGAAAGUAUUAUCUCUUUUUCCUUUUUCACUAUCCAAAACAUUUCUACUUCGAGAUGACGAACUCUCACUCUUCUCAUAAGGUUUAGAGAACUCUCCAAUACCCUCCUCAAACACUGAACUCCCCAAAAAUGGAUCGAAAUCAUUGUUGUCAAGAUAGUCUUGCAAAAGGUUACCACGAAGAGCAGCAUCCAAUGCAGAAUCACUCACAACUGCAUCCCCUUUUCUACAAGAUUGCCAUAAAAUAACGUUAUCGUUUCGCAAUUUUUCCACUUCUUCUUUUAAGCUGUGAAGUUCGUUCUUCAAAUAAAUCUUAUCGGAGCGAAGUUCGUUCUUCUCCGCUCUCAACUCUUCGACUUGCUCCCUGAGAAAGCGAUUUUCUGAUUCCAGUUGAGUAAUAUGCUGUUGCUCCCACUGUACGUAUUCUAUCGUCUGCGUUAUCACUGAUUCCUUGUCUUUCUUGACAAAUCGAUCGGCAGAAAUGACAGUCAUCAAUUUUUCAAAAAGUCUGUUCAUGCAUAGCCUUCGUUUCUUCUCGCGCUCGCGUUUCUUUCUUAGUUUUUUAUGAUCACUAGUACCUUCUGAACUAG